AUGAGUGCCCAAGCUUCCCUAGCAGAAAAGGGGCUGAACCCUGGACUGAUGUGUCAGGAAAGCUAUGCUUGCAGUGGGACAGAUGAAGCUAUCUUUGAGUGUGAUGAAUGCUGCAGCUUACAGUGUCCGCGAUGUGAAGAAGAGCUGCAUAGGCAGGAGAGGCUUCGAAACCAUGAACGACUUAGGCUCAAGCCUGGCCAUGUCCCUUAUUGUGACCCCUGUAAGGGUCCCAACGGGCAUUCUCCUGGGGUUAGGCAGAGGGCAGCAGUGAGGUGCCAGACCUGCAAAAUCAAUUUGUGCCUGGAGUGUCAGAAAAGGACUCAUUCUGGGGGCAGCAAAAGAAGACAUCCUGUUACCAUCUACCAUGUCAGUAAGUCACAGGAGCAGCUGGAGGGAGAAGGCAUGGAUGAGGAAACCAAGAGGAAGAAGAUGACAGAGAAUGUUGUGAGUUUUCUCCUAGUGGAUGAAACUGAAGAAAUUCAGGUAAUAAAUGAAGAAGACUUUAUUAAGAAACUGGACUGCAAACCUGACCAGCAUCUGAAGGUGGUUUCCAUUUUUGGAAAUACUGGGGAUGGGAAGUCUCAUACCCUUAACCAUACUUUUUUCUAUGGCCGUGAGGUCUUCAAAACAUCCCCAGCCCAGGAGUCUUGCACAGUGGGGGUUUGGGCAGCCUAUGACCCAGUCCACAAAGUGGCAGUAGUAGAUACAGAAGGGCUCCUGGGAGCUACUGUCAACCUAAGCCAGAGGACACGGCUGCUUCUCAAGGUUUUAGCCAUCUCUGAUCUGGUCAUCUAUCGGACUCAUGCAGACAGACUGCAUAAUGACCUCUUCAAGUUCCUUGGAGAUGCUUCAGAAGCCUACCUGAAACACUUUACCAAGGAGCUCAAGGCCACCUCUGCCCGCUGUGGCCUAGAUGUCCCUUUAUCUACUCUGGGUCCUGCAGUCAUCAUUUUCCAUGAGACAGUACAUACCCAGCUGUUGGGUUCUGAUCAUCCCUCUGAGGUACCUGAGAAGCUGAUCCAGGAUCGGUUCAGGAAGCUGGGUCGAUUCCCUGAAGCUUUCAGUUCCAUCCACUACAAAGGAACAAGGACUUACAAUCCCCCUACAGAUUUUUCUGGGCUCAGACGGGCCUUGGAGCAGCAGCUGGAGAACAACACCACCCGUUCUCCGAGGCACCCAGGGGUCAUCUACAAAGCACUGAAGGCAUUGAGUGACCGCUUCAGCGGUGAGAUCCCUGAUGACCAGAUGGCUCACAGUUCCUUUUUUCCAGACGAGUACUUCACCUGCUCCUCCAUUUGCCUCAGCUGUGGGUCUGGAUGUAAAAACAGCAUGAAUCAUGGAAAAGAAGGAGUGCCUCAUGAAGCAAAAAGCCGCUGUAGAUACUCCCACCAGUAUGAUAACCGGGUUUAUACCUGUAAAGCCUGCUAUGAAAGAGGAAAGGAAGUCAGUGUGGUGCCUAAAACAUCUGCUUCCACCGACUCCCCUUGGAUGGGCCUUGCAAAAUAUGCAUGGUCUGGGUAUGUGAUCGAGUGUCCUAACUGUGGUGUGGUAUAUCGUAGUCGGCAGUACUGGUUUGGGAAUCAAGAUCCUGUGGACACAGUAGUACGGACAGAAAUUGAACAUGUCUGGCCUGGAACAGAUGGAUUUCUGAAAGACAACAACAAUGCUGCCCAACGGCUGCUAGAUGGGAUGAACUUCAUGGCUCAGUCAGUGUCCGAGCUGAGCCUCGGGCCCACAAAGGCAGUGACAUCUUGGCUCACAGACCAGAUUGCUCCGGCCUAUUGGAGACCCAACUCUCAGAUCCUGAACUGCAACAAGUGUGCAACAUCCUUUAAAGACAACGACACCAAGCAUCAUUGCAGGGCCUGUGGGGAAGGCUUCUGUGACAGCUGUUCUUCCAAGACACGGCCGGUACCUGAGCGGGGCUGGGGGCCUGCGCCUGUUAGAGUGUGUGACACCUGCUUUGAUGCAAGAAACAUCCACUUAGAUGUUCCAGAGGCACAAGUGGAUGAAGAAGGUGGGACACUGAUUGCCAGGAAGGUGGGUGAGGCGGUGCAGAAUACCCUGGGAGCGGUAGUAACAGCCAUUGACAUACCACUAGGUCUUGUGAAAGAUGCCGCCAGGCCUGCCUAUUGGGUACCUGACCACGAGAUCCUGCACUGCCACAAUUGCCGAAAGGAAUUCAGUAUAAAGCUUUCCAAACAUCACUGCCGGGCCUGUGGCCAAGGCUUCUGUGACGAGUGUUCCCAUGAUCGCCGAGCCGUCCCCUCUCGAGGCUGGGACCACCCGGUCCGCGUCUGCUUUAACUGCAAUAAAAAGCCUGGUGAUCUUUAACGCCA